AUGGCUUCUUUAUCUUCUCUUCUAUUACUUUCUCCCUAUUCUCAAACCAAAACCAAAUUCUCCAUUUCUUCAAACAAAAGACAUGUUGUUGUUAAUUAUGUCUCAUGCAAAGCAGCCUCCUCUAAUAAUGGAGAAGAUUCUGUAAGCAAAUUUGAUCGUAGAGAAGUGUUGUUUGGUCUUGGAGGUCUUUAUGGCGUCGGCACGGCCACCGGCUCUGUGUUGGCAGCUCCAUUGACGCCAGAUGUCUUUAACUGUGAUAUGGCGCAAACACCUGGUGGAAUUAAGGAUUGUUGCCCACCACGAAUUGGAAAAAUCAUCCAUUUCGUCCCCCCCAAAAUUCAACAACCUUAUGUUCGACGACCCGCCGCCCAUUUGAUGAACCAAACCCAGAUUGAGGAAUUGGAAAGAGGCAUUCAGAAAUUAAAACAACUCGACGAAGAUGACCCACAUAGCUUUUCACAUCAAGCUAAAAUUCAUUGUGCGUAUUGCGAUUAUGCGUACAACCAAUUGGGGUCUAUCACAGAAACUAGAUUUGAAGUUCAUAGCAACGCGUUAUUCUUCCCAUUUCAUCGUGCCUAUCUCUACUUCUUCGAGAGAAUCUUGAGGCAUUAUAUUGGGAACCCAGAUUUCGCCAUACCCUUUUGGAAUUGGGAUUCACCACCGGGGAUGCACAUGCCAGAAUUCUACAACCGCCCAUCUUCAUCACUUUACGAUAAUCUCCGUGAUCCACGUCACGAUCCACACAAAUUGAUUGACCUAAACUACAAUGGAAAAACCGAAGACCAUUCUUUUGACGUUGUGGAUUGCAAUCUCCGUUGGAUGAAUGACCGAAUGAAAGUCCAAAGCCCUCGAAGCUUCCUUGGAAGAGUGCUGAAAGCUGGAGAAACACCCAAACCCAGUGACAUGGGCACCAUUGAACAAUCUCCACAUAAUAACAUUCACGAUUGGGUUGGCACAAAAACCCCUCAUUUUGAAGACAUGGGAUCUUUUUACUCGGCAGCGCUAGACCCGUUGUUUUAUGCUCACCAUACCAAUAUAGAUCGGUUGUGGAAUAUUUGGAAAACAUUGGACGGAAAUCCAAAAGAUCACACUGACCCAGAUUGGUUGAAUUCCUCGUUUGUGUUUUACGAUGAGAAUAAAAACGCUGUACGUAUCGAAGUUUCUGACUGUUUGGACACUGAAAAGCUUGGUUAUGUUUACCAAGAGGUACCACUUCCAUGGUUGCUCUUGAACAAAAUCCCCAGCCCAAAUCCGUGGAUAAGAACUGAAGAACCCGAGCCUCCAAUCAUCAACUUCCCCCAGACUUUGAAUUCGGACAUAACCACAAUGGUAGACAGGCCGGAAGAGGCUGGGAGCGGUGAGGAAGUUGAUGUGGUGUUGGUGUUGGAAGAUGUGGAGUAUGAUCCAACUACUCGAGUGCAUUUUGAUGUACUUGUUAAUGUUGUCGAUGAGGCGCAGGACAGGUGCGCUGCGUUUCUUGAGUUUGUGGGCAGCUUCAAAAACAUUCCCCAUGGUCUCCACCACCAUGAUAAAACCUCUUUACGUUUUGUGAUAACCGAGGUCAUUCAAGGGUUGGGUUUGGAGCGUGAUAAAAAUUUGGCUGUUAAGAUUGAACCUAUGGUUGGUGGAGAAGGUGUCACCCUUGGAGGAAUCAAGAUUCAACUCGAGCCCGUUUUUGUACCUCUCUCCUCAUCAUUUACGUAA